AUGGUUCAGUCCUUAGUGGUGCUACUUGCCGCUACUUUCUUUGUCUACACCGUUGUGCGGUUCGCGCAGCGUCGCCAGCUUGUCCAGAAAUACAACUGUGAGCCCAUUUCAGUAUGGAAAACUCUGGAUUGGGUAUCCUACUUUGGGUUGGACGUGGUUUUGCACAGGCAACAGCUCCAGAAAGAGGGCCGAAUGAAUUACCAGCUCUGGGAACGGUUUCAAAAGGUGAAAUCGUCGACGUUUAAGCAGUCCACAGUGUUCAGAUACGAUAUCAUGACCACCGAGCCCGAGAAUCUCCGGCACAUGCAGAGUUCGGCAGCUUUCCUGAGCUGGAGCAAUGGGUCUCGACCCAAGGCGCUCUAUCCUUUGCUCGGCGAUGGCAUUUUUUCAAGUGAAGGCGCUACUUGGAAGCACAGCAGAAACAUGCUCCGGCCAUUUUUCAACAAGGAACACAUCAAGCACAUCACCUUGAUGGAGCCUUUUGCCCAAGACGUGAUCAAGUUGUGCGAGCAGCACGGCACAAACGGGUUGGACUUGCAGGAGGUUUUCCAGUCGUUCACCAUGGACUUUAGCACCAUGUUCUUGUUGGGCGAGAGCUGCGAUUCUUUGAAGGACGCCUUGGGGGAGGGAACCUCGAACCCGAUAAACAAGGAAUUGAAACGCAAGUUCCCCGCGGCAUUUGACGCGGCGCUGCUGGUGUUGAUGGUGCGACUUAUUGUCGGGGAGCUUUUCUUGUGGAUGAUCAACCCCAAACCGUUCCAAGACGCAAUCAAAGUCCAGCAUGAUUUUGUUAGGUACUAUAUCGACAAAGCGAUAGCCAUGGACCACGAAGAGCUCGAGAAAAAAAGCGACGAUGGUAGCUGCUUUUUGUAUGAGAUUGUCAAGCAUACAAAAAACCCAAAAAUCUUGCAAGAUGAAAUCAUGAGCAUCAUCUUGGCCGGGAGAAACACAACCAGCUCGCUUCUCUCGUUUCUAUUCCUCGAGCUCGCAAGAGAAGAGAACCAGCACAUUUGGAACAAGUUGAAACUGGUUGUUGGGCGCUGUUUCCCUUCGAUUGAAAGCAUCACUUAUGAAAGCAUGAGUGAAUGCACUUACUUAAGAUGGUGCCUAUUCGAGACUCUCAGGUUCAACCCCUCCGUGCCACUAUUGAGCAGGUCGGCCACCAGGGAUACCGUCUUGCCGCGGGGAGGAGGCAAAGACAACAAGUCGCCCGUCUUGGUGCACAAGGGCCAACGGGUGAUUUACUCGUUAUUUGCAGCCAACAGGAACCCCGAUUACUUCGGUGCCGACCCCCAUCUAUUCAACCCUGAGCGGUUUGCCACUUUACCGCGAAAUGGGGGCCAAGCAUUCAUGCCGUUUGGGGUGGGAUUGCGAUCAUGUCUCGGACAGCUGUUGGCAUUAGCCGAGGCGAGCUACCUCACAAUUAGACUAGUGAACCAUUUCGACUCGCUAGAAAAAGUCGGCGACGCGCAGUAUCCUCCUAGAUGCACAAGCUCGGGGACCCAAAGGCUCAUGGAUGGCUGCCACGUUAGAAUAUCGAAGCUCGUUCACGAUUGA